ACGCACCGUCACUAAGAUGGUUUGCCAACCGCCGAUAAACACCAAAGAAGAAGAAGAAGUUGAACACCACAGAAGAAGAAGCCCCACUCAACUAUCGACGAUCAAGAAACGUGGGGGAAAUAAAAUGACGUUUGUUACAUUUGUCUGGCGUUGGAACGGUCGAUGUUAACAGGCAUUUGGUAAAUACAGGCCGAUGUUCGCUUACUAGCAAACGCAUCCGAUAGCAGACAAACGAUGGGAAAGCCGACUGUGGGACUUCCGCCAGAGAUCUGGAUCCACGUUUUGAGGCAUCUGUCCCCGGCGGACCGGUUUAGUGUGCGGGCGUCCUGCAAGUACUUCAAACAUCUUGUUGACCAAAGAACCCUUUGGAGAGACUGGUCAGUAGUUCUGGGUUUCCAACGCGGGGCUUACAACAGUCGAUUCUGGGACACUCUCCGCCGCAGAGGAGUCGCCGGUGUGGUGAUGAGGGGCACCAAAGCCAAGGUCUGGAAACAACUCGCCCUGUUCCUUCCUUCUCUCACCACAGUGGUGGGCAUCUUUGAAGAAACCAUCUGGGUGAUUCACUCGAUACUGAACUGCCUGCCAAAGUUGAAGCAUCUCUCUUUGUCCAUUGUGCAAAGACUCUUCGCCUUUUCCAAUAUUUCAGGACCCAAACCCGGCCCUGUAGGAGGAGCUGGUUCCCCAGUCUUGUCCAGUUUGGAGCUUAUCCACUGCAUAGAUCAUUCAUUACCAGAAGAUGUAAUGAGGCUGAUGCCUGGCCUUAAGACUCUUGCUGUUUACUACAGGUGCUCAAAUCAGGAGACGACAGAAGGAUGUCCAUCACCUGAUCGCCAUCCACUGAACACAUGGCUGAGCGACCUCCCUCAACUGUCCACCCUGGUCAUUGCCAAGGGCCCACCUGUGAAGAAUUACGUCUCCUCCAUUCCAGCAACAGUGACCAAUCUUACACUGUGUGCUGUAGGAUUGUCCUCAGAGGACAUGGCAGCUGUAGCAGUGCAGGUCCCAAAUCUCCUGCACCUUCACCUAGACCCCUGGCCCUCACAUUUGGGAGCUCGCACAGCUCAAAUCCCACAUCUUUUUCCGAAGCUCAAAAGCCUCAAACUCCGCCAUGAACAUGUACCAGAAAGAGAUUUCUUACAUCUUCACCAGCUGCAGGAUUUGGGAUAUUUGGAGAUUCUGGAUAGCAGCCCGCAACUCUCUAAGCUGGCUGGGAAGCUCCAAGCGCUCACAGACUACAGACUUCAGGUCACAACGUCUCCUCGCAGGAGAGAUGUGUUUUCAUGUCAUUGUGCUUGUCAGGUGUAUUGAAUUACUGUGUUCAAGCAGCCAGUCCGACGGGUGACAUGUUUCUUUCCCUGAUCAUCAUGGAUCAAACGUAUUAAGUAAAGCAUUUACUUAAAACAAAACCACAGACUUCAAAAUCCCACAAUGCUCACUGAGCUGUAUCAUAUGAGUAAUGUAAUAGCCUGAUGAGAAAUAAAGUACUUGUUUUAUUUGCA